UACAGAUGUACAGAGUAUACGCGCUUAUCAGCGCACGGUACGGUGGGGGCGCCCGAUAAGAAAAUUCCCCAAACGGCAAGACUAAACGGAAAGAGAGAGGGCAAGUGUGUGCUACCGCUACCAGUGUACUGUGCACGAUCGUAGCAGACAGAUCGGAAAAGUGCCCUUGGUUUUUGGGUCCGAAGAAAACUUGUGUGGACUGUUUUGGCGACUUUUGCUGGUGGCUGCAUGUAGUUACUGUAGUGUUGAUUAUUUACGCCUUCUAGCUUAACAACAAGUUAUAGUACAAACAUUACGCUGGACCAAAAUCCCUGGUCCGCUGCAUAGAAGCAGUAGCAAUAACUCGCCAACCCUAACUUACAACUCCUAUCGACUGGAGUCGUGUGUAUUAUCCCCGGGUGGUUUUGUUUGGCAAUUGUUCUUCAAUUAAUUCCUUCCCUCGCUGCUUCCGUUUGAUCUUCCCGGUUCCGGAGUUUUCGUACAAACAAAAUUUUCCCUCCAAUCUCCUUCCCGUCCUUUUCAAUACAAACGAGUUUUGUAGCGGGUUUGUGCCUGAUCGAAGGCAGUUUGACAACUUCCGCGAGUGUAAAGUGCCAAUAAGUAAAUAACUACCUACCUCCUCAAAACAUCCCUACCUUCCGGUUUUGUUACGACCACCAACACGAUGCCGUUGUUCAAUAAGAAAAGCACCAAAAUAUCCAAUCCUUCGCCACCGAUGACCAAGGAUCCGCAUGCGUAUCACCACGAUAACAACAACUACAAAAACCCUCCGAUCCCAACAGCGCCCACGAUCCACCACGACAGCAUGAGUAACGGUGGCCAUGGCGAAUCGACUGUCACCAAGCCGCAGCUGGUUUUCAAUUGCCAGCUGGCACACGGCAGUCCGACCGGCUUCAUCACCGGGUUUGCCAGUGUUAAGGAGCUCUACCAGAAGAUCGCCGAAUGUUACGAUUUCCCUAUGGAUGAGAUUCUGUUCUGCACGCUAAACUCGCACAAAGUCGACAUGAACAACCUGCUGGGCGGUCAGAUCGGGCUGAACGAUUUCAUUUUCGCACAUAAAAAGGGUCGCCCGAAGGAGGUGGAGAUCGUCAAAUCGGAGGACGCCCUCGGACUAACGAUCACGGACAACGGUGCGGGUUACGCGUUCAUCAAGCGCAUCAAAAGCGGCAGUGUCAUCGACCGCAUUCCUCACAUACAGAUUGGUGAUCACAUCGAGAAGUUGGACGGUAUCAAUGUGGUUGGAAAGCGACACUACGAGGUGGCCCGCAUGCUGAAGGAUAUUCCCACCGGAUCGACGUUUACCAUUCGUCUGGUGGAACCGAUGAAGAGCGGCUUCCAGGGAAUAGCGCCACGCAAGGGUACGGCCGGUAGCAAACCGGGCAAACAGGGAUACGGCAGUGGCAAGGAGACGCUGCGGUUUAAGGCCAAUGGGAAUGCGGCCAUUGAAGAUGAGCACGACGAUGCUACGCAAAGUGGAAUUGAUGCCAUUAACUCACUGCUCGACUCCUUCAUGGGAAUCAACGAUAGUGAGCUAGCCACCCAAAUUUGGGAACUAGGUAACAACAAAAUUAACUCGAUGGACUUUGCGGAAGCGAUCGAUGCGUCCGAUCUGGAGGCCUUUGGUUUUACUGACGAUUUCAUCAUCGAACUGUGGGGCGCCAUCACUGAUGCACGUCACGGACGAUACAAAAGAUAAAGCUGGAUCGGGGAUGUCAUUGCGCAGCCUGUUGUGGUUGGGACCCUGAUUGAGAUGAAAAUAGGAGCAUUUACGAUGAAACGAAGGCAGCAAUCGAUUGACGAGGCGCUCAUGAAAUGUGAUGUGUUUUAAACUACUACUACUAUUAUUACUAUUGCAAUUAUUGCUGCUACCACUACUACAGCUAGUAAACCUUUUGGAGGGGUUUGAAUUCAUCGUUCGAAGCUCCUCCAAACGGUAUUGAUUGAUAAGCCACCGAUGAACGUGGCGUGAUAGAGACAAACGUGUGUAAGGUUAUGCGGGUAUAUGAUGCGCUUCUUCGAUGUCCCCAGAUGUGGCUCCCGGAAGCAAGUUACAGCACGCAUUCCACAAUACAAUUCCACUAUUAGGAACCGUUGUGUAUGUAGAUGGAUAAGACUCAAAAUUACAAAACCCAUAUUACCAACAACCUUCCCAACAUUGGCGUCUCUAUGUAGAGCAAAGCAAAAAAUGGAGGAAGUGGUUUAACGAAGUUAGUGUUUUAAAGAAUUUGUAAAAUGUUGUAAAAAUGUGUUUGUUAGAAAAUGCAACGAAAAGCGCGCGGGAACCGAACCAAGAUGGUGGCGAGAUGGUGUUUUGUUUUUUGUUUGUUUACGUUAAGGUAUAGAAUGAGGAACUAGAGCGAGAAACAGGUAAACCGAACCGAGAGCAACGCUGCUCAGUAAACAUGAGUGGAAUGAGCAAGUAUUUUAGCAAAGCGAAAUCGUAUCAAAUCGUGAAGAAUGCAAAUAAAUAUUUAAUCAUAAGGUGA